CGUCAUCAAGAAAUGGCUGCAAUUUUCAUAAAUAUAAACAAAAUAUUUCACACAUAUUGCUGAUUUAACCCCAUUCAGAGAACACUAAAUACAACUUUUUUACUAUUUAAUGGAUUUUGAGUAUCUUUUCGAAAGGAUGUGCAUCCAUCAACCUCAGAUCCAUGAUGUCAUAUUGUGAAAGUGAACUCUGACCUGAUGGACAUGUGACAUUAUUUGUCCAAAUAAGGUCAUCCAAGGUCAUUUUGAGUCUAUAAAAUUGGCGCUAUCAUACCAUAUUUGGCAUAAUGUCUGAAUACGCGGAUGAGAAAUGGAACUGUGAGUAUUGUACAUACCAGAACUUUGCUGCUUCUAAGAGGUGUACAUUAUGUAGGGCCCCAAAGCAGCUACAGUACAUCAAUGAAGCCGAAAGGGUUGGGGAUAUCUACAAAAUGGCACCAUGUAGUCUAGUCACACAAGACCUCCCUCAAAGACAGGGGUCUCCGAAGAAGGUUGCUACAAGCCGUCUUUAUGACCCAGAUGCUAAAUGGUCAUGCGAGAAGUGCACAUAUUUAAACUGGCCUCGCUCCCAUAAGUGUACGCAGUGUCUCAGUCCAAAAUCAGAUGGCGCCACCGUAUCCAGUAUGAAGCCUCUUAGCAUCAAUGUCAAUAUAGAAGAGCGGGCAAUAAGUUGCGGAUCUCCAAAUAGACUAUCUCCAAGGAUAUCUCCCCAGUCACCUAGUGAAGCUAAAGCAGCUAAUAAUGAUCGCAACCGUCCCAAAGCAGGAACAUCGAGGGGAGGUGCAGUGAAGUGGUCGUGUCAGGCAUGUACAUAUGAAAACUGGCCAAAGGCGAACAAAUGUUCACUUUGUGGCACUGUCAGGGAUAAAAACUUUGUGGAAGCCUUAGGAGCGUGUAGUAACUCUCGGGAAACAUUAAGCAAUCGUAAACCAAGUAGACAUUCACCUCCGGGGCCCUCACGUAAACAGGAAUACAUAGAGGGAGCCACUGCUUCUGCAAAUAUGCAAGACAGUAAUAUUGAAGCUGGAGAAUCACGUAUCAAACAGAUUCGGAACAAAAUGCAUGAAAUUGAUUGGUUGUGGCUUGGGGCGUGUCAGGGUGUCGUAGAAGGUGACAUACAUAGUGUUGAGUCAUACCUAACUAUUGGAGGUGAUCCCGCCCGACAGAUAACUCAGGAUGAAAUGUUACUUCUUGGACGUAAAAGCGCAUUUGAAGUUGGCUAUACUCUAGUCCAUCUAGCCAUUAGAUUCAAAAGGGAAGAUAUUCUCGCUAUUCUCCUCACUUCAACUGAUGUGCCUAGUAAAGCAAUAAAGCGCAUGCCGUCACAUGUUAGUCCAGACAUAGCGGCAGAAUUGCGACGUGAGAUCUCAGCUUCACUCAGGCAGCGUAAAGGAGAUUUCCCAUGUUACUUUGUAGCUGAAUGCGCUACAUUCUCUCUACCAGCUGAUAUUGAAGAUCUCCCAGCCCCUAUACAGAAGCAGCUAUAUGAUGAACUCUUGGACCAAGAUGUCCAGAAAGAACUUGAGGUCGAAGAGCCUGUCAUAAACUGGAGUGUAGAGUUGACAGAGCGUUAUGGUAGUAGGUUGUAUGCUCUCUGGAAUCGUACAGCUGGAGAUUGUUUGCUAGACUCUGUGCUGCAGGCCACCUGGGGUAUAUUUGACCGUGAUAAUUCACUACGUCGUGCCCUGGCCGAUACUCUCAAUGAAGGUGCCAUCACGUUCUUCCCUCGCUGGAAAGAAUAUGAAUCUAUGCAAGCCCAGUCUCUGCACUUCUCAUUGGCUGAGAGUCAAUGGCAGGAGGAUUGGGCUGUUCUUCUCAGUCUUGCCUCUCAACCAGGUGCUGCCCUCGAGCAACUUCAUAUAUUUGCUCUGGCCCAUAUUCUUCGUCGACCAGUCAUUGUCUACGGAGUAAAGUUUGUGAAGAGCUUCAGAGGAGAAACCAUAGGAUAUGCCAGGUUUCAAGGUGUCUACUUACCAAUACUAUGGGAGCAAAGUUUCUGCUGGAAGAGUCCUAUAGCACUUGGUUACACCAGGGGUCACUUCUCUGCUCUGGUUCCCAUGGAUACGGACUGUGGGGCCAGCAUGGGGGCUGGGGCUAAUCUCCAGGGACAGGGAGAAGAGCAGGUGGCAUACCUGCCCCUGAUGGAUAGUGAGGGAAAGCUUCUGCCUGUACAUUUUCUUACUGGCUCAGAGUUAAAUCGUGAGGAGAUAAUGUUGCGGGAAUGGAUGGAUGUAAUCGUCACAGAUGGUGGACUCCUAGUGGCACAACAGAAACUCACUAAGAACAAUGCACUAGUCAGUCACAUGAUGGAGACGUGGUUAGAUCGUUACCGUCGUCUCAGUCACGCUAUACAGACAUCACAUACAGUGGCUCCACCUUCCUCGCCAGUGCUAUCUAGUGAUGGAGAAACCGAUGAUGAGUAACACUCAAUUUGCGAAAAAAUGGUUAGGUGGUUCAUUCAUUUAACACAGAGUGGUCUCAAUCUCAUAGUACAGAUUCAGGAAAUUAUAUGAUUAUAUGAACAUUUUCAGAUGGCACUUGUGUUGUGCGAUAUAUGUAUGAUACAACCCAAAGUAUUUUAUAAGAUGUUUUUCAUUCGGUUUUGUCUAUUGAACUCUUUAUACCCAACAGGCAAAGUUAGAUGUUUAUACAAUGUAUUUAAUGCUUUUGGUUUCCAUGUUUUGUACUACUCGCUGACCACAAAGUGUUCUAUAAUCCUUGGAAUGACUAAACGUAAGGUCAUGUAGGGUGUUUGAGAAGUAUUGUCACUUGGUCUCUAAGAUUGUCAAUUGGAUUCUAGACGUUAUAUAUUCACAGUUUGGCAACGGAGGUAACCAUUUUGAUGCCUAAAGCAUAUGUAUCAUUCUGUUAACUCGGAAAAAGUAAAUACAUUGGAAACUUAAGUUAUUAGGGAUACCCUACUGUGAUAAUAAGCAGACAUGAGUUUGUUUCUACUAAUUGCUUGGUUGCAUCUCCAAAUCAAAAAAACACUGUACAAUGCAAAAAUUUACAUGGAGUUCAAAUUAUUUUGCUAAUUUUAGCCAAACAUUGUACUUGGAGGUGUAACAUACAGGGUGAGAAUGAGGCCUUUUGUAUCCACAAUUUUAGAGAUUGAGUCACUCUAUUUUCUGGACACCCUGUAAAGUAGCCACAUGUAGAGAGGUGAUGUGGCUCAUAUUCCUGUUCUGUAUCUAAUAUAGGUACGUUCUGUACAUUGCUUGCCAAAAAUAUGUGCAACAUACAUUUAUACUAUUUAUUGUAGUAGAAAUCAAGAGUACAUUCAGUGUAACAUUGAUUUGGUGAUUUUGUAGAUAGAAUACGUGGUGAAACAUAUAUUGGAUUAGAUGGGGCAUUGUUAUGACUUACAUGUAUUAUUGAAAAAGUAUUAACCCUAGUUGGACUACAUGUGCCUCAUGAAAUCAGAAGUAAGGUUUGAAUUUAGUGCCAGUAACUACUAUUUGUGAUGCGUUACACAAAAAGUGAUCAAAAAUACUAUGAUAUUUGCGUUGAAUAGCGAAGGCAGCCAAAAUAUCUCAUGGAAAUACAAACUGGGAUACUCAACUAAAUUGACGUUCUCUGGUGAUAAAAUUGCUAUGAUCACACUCUGAUACCACCAAAAUUCCAUAUUCACAUCUGAACUGUUACUGAAGAGAAAAUGAGGUCACAUAUUUUGAAUUGAUUUUGAUUUUUUAUUCAAGAUUGCAAUGUUUAUUUGAAAUAAAAUGCAAUUAUUUUGUUACAAUUACAAGUUAAAUUCUAGAAAAUUAAUCUAUUGUAAACUUCAAGUACAGAAUACUCAAAUAUCAAGGGUCCUGCAAGGGUUAAAAAUCUGGAAAUGUGUUUUGUUAUAUCCAGAUGGUUCGUGUGUAUUGUGUAUAAUCUUCCAAGAAUAUGUUAGGCCCUGCACAGGUAUACAGUAUGUCUGUUUAGUGGGCAUUUGAAUGUUAGGCAAUACUAAACAUAUAUUUAAUUUGUAAGGGUCUAAUCAUCCAAAAUGCGUAUCGUGGAUUUCAGUUUAAUUUCCCCAAUGGGUGGAAUUACCGGUAUAACCAAUUUUAGUGAAGUGUGGCAUGCUGGGUGAAGAAAUCAUGCCACUAUAGGCAAAUUCUUAGUAAGCACCUGUAUUUGCAUUUGCAAGUGAGCAUUUGUAUCAAGGAGGAUUGGCUCCCAGAAUGCAACAU